AUGGCGGCGGAUGCAGUUAGCGGUGGAGGAUCGAUCCCCGAAACACUCGAUUGGGUUUGUUUUUCUCUCUUCGGUUAGAAAAUACACCGUACGGCGCAAUUUCACUCACUGGAAUCGAAACUAGGAAUUGGCAAGAAACAGGAGUAACCCUGAUAAACGGAAACUUGACCUCUGGAAGAGAUGGAGUUCCCCUGGCACAGCGGGGAGGUUCUGGAGCAGCUCAACCGGCAGCGUAAGCAGGGCCUGCUGUGCGACUGCACCUUCGUGGUGGACGGUGUUGACUUUAAGGCCCACAAAGCCGUGCUGGCAGCCUGCAGUGUGUACUUCCGAGCCCUUUUCUUGGAUCAGAAGGAUGUGGUGCAUUUGGACAUCAGCAAUGCUGCUGGUUUGGGUCAAGUCCUGGAUUUUAUGUACACCUCCAAACUGAGCUUAAGUCCGCAGAAUAUUGAGGAUGUAUUGUCUGUCGCCCACUUCCUGCAGAUGCAGGAAAUCAUAAAUGCUUGUUCUGCGUAUCAGUCGAUGUCAAACCAAGCUCCAACCAUCAUAACGCUGGAUAUCCCUGAUGAUGAAACAGCAGACAUAAAGGAUGCUGCGAGAGAGCUGAAGGAUGAUGCUGAAAAUCAGCUGUCAGAAGUUUCAGCGCAAACAGAGAAGUGUCCUUCUAACACACCUACAGAAGAUCAGAGGAAUCCUCCCAGUGAGGAGGAUGGGAACAGAGACGUUUCUGUUGAUGCACAACAAAGUAUUGCUCAGCCUAAUCCCAGCAGGAAGCACACGGGCCGUGGAAGACCCCCCAAAAACACGCAGGUUUCUGUACAGAAGAUGAUCUCUGUGAAGGAGGAGGAUGGAGGCUCUACAUCCAUCCCUGCAGGAUUUCAGGACGACCCCUCAGAUGCUGACUACACACCCAAAGAGCACUUGAGAUCUUCAGGCAGCUCGGCUUACAUGAGCUCACGUGGAAGAAGGAUCAGAAAACCGGCCCGGCAAAAUGACUCUGAGGAUGAAGGUCCAUCAAAGGUGAAAAAGGAUAAAAAGACAACAGAGUCGGAAGAAGUGGCUGACGGACAGGAACCAGAACCCGGGGAGACUGGUGAAGAAGGGACCGAAGAGGCAGAAGAUGACACGGAACAGGAAGCAGACGGAGACAGUGAGGGAGAGGGAAGACAAAUUCUGGGCGUAUCUAUGAGCAACCGAUCUGAGUCUAAACCUUACAGCUCUGUGACGCACAAAUGUGGGGAUUGUGGGAAGAAAUUUACCCACACGGGUAAUUUUAAGAGACACAUGCGUAUCCACACUGGAGAAAAGCCCUUCAGCUGUCGGGACUGCAACAAGGCUUUCUCUGACCCUGCAGCUUGUAAAGCUCAUGAGAAAACACACAGUCCCCUGAAGCCGUAUUGCUGCUCCACCUGUGGGAAGAGCUAUCGCCAGAUCAGCCUGCUCAACCUCCAUCGGAAACGGCACACGGGUGAAGCGCGCUACAGCUGCGACGUCUGCGGCAAGCUUUUCACCACCUCGGGGAAUCUGAAGCGCCACCAGCUGGUGCACAGCGGGGAGAAACCGUACCACUGCGACUUCUGCGACAAAGCUUUCUCCGACCCCACCGCCAAGAUGCGACACCUGGAGACGCACGAUACGGAGAAGGGGAACAAGUGCCCACACUGUGACAAACGUUUUAACCAGAUGGGGAAUCUGAAAGCACACUUAAAAGUCCACAUAGCAGACGGGCCUCUCAAGUGUAAGGAGUGUGGCAAGCAGUUUACAACUUCAGGGAAUCUUAAAAGACACCUGCGUGUUCACAGCGGGGAGAAACCCUAUGCAUGUUCGCACUGUCAGAGAGCUUUUAGUGACCCCGGAGCCCUGCAGCGUCAUGAACGCAUUCACACAGGAGAAAAACCCUGCGUCUGCCUGGUCUGCGGUAAGGCCUUCACCCAGGCCAGCUCUCUCAUCGCUCACGUCCGUCAGCACACUGGAGAGAAGCCUUACGUCUGCGAUCGCUGUGGGAAAAGGUUUGUGCAGUCCAGUCAGCUUGCCAAUCACAUCCGUCACCAUGACAAUGUGCGGCCGCACAAGUGCCAUAUGUGCAACAAGGCGUUUGUGAAUGUAGGAGAUCUGUCCAAGCAUAUCAUCAUUCAUACGGGUGAAAAGCCUUUUCUGUGUGAUAAAUGUGGCCGCGGCUUUAACCGCGUGGACAACCUGCGCUCUCAUGUUAAGACGGUUCACCACGGCAAGGCCGGCAUGAAGCGGCUGGUGGUAACUGAGGAAACGGGAGAAGAAGGCGGCGAGGACGGCAUCGAGGGGGGAAGUUCAGAUGAGAUCAAAAUAGUCACCGUCACCACGGAGGACAUCGUCACCCUUGCAACCGAGGCCCUGGCAGGCAGCGCUGUAGCUCAGCUCACCGUCGUUCCGAUGACUACCUCGGUCUCUGCAGAUGAAACCGAAGCUUUGAAAGCUGAAAUCACCAAAGCAGUAGAGAAAGUGCAAGAAGAAGACCCCAACACUCAGAUCUUGUACGCUUGUGACUCGUGUGGCGAUAAAUUUCUGGACGCCACGUCUUUGGCUCAGCAUGUCCGGAUCCACACAGCUCAAGCUUUGGUCAUGUUUCAGUCGGAUUCUGACUUUUACCAGUACACGACAGCAACCACCUCUGGAGAGGGGGAUGAUGCUCCUGCAGCAACCUGGCAGCCGGCGCCGGAACACGUCAUUCAGGAAGGAGAACUGAUCUUCCGUACUGAAGAGCGAAAACCAGAGGGGGUGGAUGGAGAAACACAAGAAGAACAAGGGUCAGAGGCAGUGAUUCAUAUAGAGGAGGCAGUUGAACUGGAAGAAACUACUUCUGAGUAUCAGACAAAAGAUGGAGAAGAAGAACAGGAAGAGGAUAUGAAAUCUUAGGGUCAGAACAGCUGGUUGACCUUGAAUGUGUAAUUUAAACUAAUUUAUAUAAAAGGUAAAUAAUGAUAUAGGUUUCUGAACGAGAUCCUAAAAGAUACUUUAAAACUUAAACAUGGAUUCUUGGAUCUUUUAAAAUAAUACUGAUUUUAGGGUCAUCCAAGGUUAUUUGAUUUACUCUGUACAGCAAUAAUGUUAUUUUGGUAAAGAAUUGCGAAAAAAUUAUAAAAGUUUGAUUAAUUGGUUUAUUUUUAGACUGAAAUCUAGGACUGUGCUUUGUCCUUGAUCAUUAAUCUAAUACUUAAAGACUAUUUUUCCAUUCUCGAUGAAACAUCUGCUCUUUCUUUAAGCAUUUGCUGUAUUUUACUGUGAUUACAUGUAGACUUGCUACAUGAAUGUGAGUUUACUGAAGACUUCAGUGAGUCUAAGAAGCUUUUUAUUGGUGUAUUUUCUUUUUUUUUUUUUUGCCAGGUUGUACCAAUCUUGUGCUUGUAUAAUAGCCCAUCAAAUAAGCCUAUAGUUUUAGCUUUAACACAGUUUUUAGUUGCAUAAUAAUUUCAAAGUGUACAUCUUUGUUGUUUAUUUUUAUCUGUUUAUAUUGCUAUCUGUAAAAAGAAUCUGCAGUAAAUAUUUGUUGACUCGCUCAGACUCACUGGAUCAUUAAAAAUUACCCUUGUCUGA